AUGGACAACGUCGACGGAAAGCAAGCGCGUCGCACGGGGACAUCGAGUCCGCUAGGAGAACUUUUCGACCACGGCAUUGACUCCCUGAACUGCACCCUCGCGAGUCUCUUAGAGACAGCAGCGGUUGGAUAUGGCUCGACGAAAAUUGGCGCGUUCACUGCGCUGGUUCCGGUGCUUCCCAUGUUCUUCUCGACCUGGGAGACAUACCACACGCACACGCUGUAUCUUGGCUACUUCAAUGGCCCAACUGGCUACUUUGGCCCCGAGAUUUGGUCCACCCCGCUCGCGCACUACUUCCCAUCCUACAAGGCAGAAAUCGGGGACCUCACCCUGAAAGAGCUAUGGAUACCGAUCAUCCUGUUCACGUUCUUCGUCGCCCACCUUCCAGCCUGUAUCGUCAAUGUCGCGCGAGCUCGCCGAGCCAAGAAUCUGCCUGUCCUGCCAUUGAUCUACGAGUGGACGCCCCUUGUAGUAUUCGUUACAUGCACAAUGGCCUGGCUUGGAUCGCCAUACUCGCACCUUCUCGAGGAUAAUCAUCUCGUUCUAUACUGCUUGACCAUGUCUCUGGUCUUUGGGCGCAUGACCACCAAGAUUAUCCUGGCUCAUCUCACCCGUCAGCCCUUCCCAUACUGGACGGUGAUGCUGGUGCCCAUGAUCGGAGGUGCUUUGCUGGUCAACCAUCCUUACUUCACGAUCCCAGGCACGACCUUCGGACCCGUAUCGGCGAACUUCGAGCUCUGGUAUCUCCGCUUCUACUUCGUGUUUGCUGCGGUGGUUUAUGGACGCUGGGCUCUCCUGGUCAUCAACAGCAUCUGCGACUACCUUGGUAUCAACUGCCUCACGAUCCCCAAGGCGACUGCAGAGAAGACCGCGCGAUCGACUGGCGCCGCAAACGGAGCUUUCCCCGAGAAAGGCCGCACCGACUAA